AUGUUCGGCAUCGUCUUCGACGACGAUGUAGACACCGACAACAACGACGACGAGUUCGAGACGUUCGAGCAGUGGAGUAUCGAUCGGGCCAAACUCAUCCGCUAA